AGCCCGUUUUCUUCUGCUGUUGUUCACUUGUAGUCCUCCUCAACACUACGUGCAUGCAUGCAUGCAUGAGGGAGUGAACAGGUGAGGGAGCAGGUGUGUGUGCCUCGCGCGCGCGCGCGCGCGUUACCGUGCACACUUGAUCAUAAACUGUUCGUCACUUGAGAAGGAGGCAACGACAGCACCGCCUCACCGCUGCGCUCACUUGCACUUGGAUUACAUUUGUUUCAUUGUUUCUCUAGUUAAAAUUAUAUAUAUGUAUAUAUUAAAAACUCCAAAAUACAGUCUCAUUUUUCUAUAUAUGAUAUAUUAAGCUUAAUUAAAAAUGUUUGUUAUAUGACCUGGCUGACUCCAAGAAACACUUUAAUGUACGACUAAAAUGUUCAUUUAUACCUAUGAAUAUAGUUAAACAACCUGUAAUAAUAAUAAAUCCUCAUCAUAAUAAUUACUAUUAUUGUUAUCACAACAAUUAUUAACAAUAACAAUAAUAAUGUAUGAUUGGUUCUCAGAACGAAUAAUAUACUGAAACAAAAAACAGAGUUACUUAUAUCUAGUUAUAAGUUAAUAAUAUACACUUAUUUAUAUUGCCCAAAUAUGUAUAGAUAGAUUGUUACACAUACAUUUAUAUUGCAACGAUGGGCCACAAUUUCCUUGCUGGAAUAACUUUUUAUUCAGCCAAUUAUUCAGUAUUGUUCAAACUAAUCUAAUACACGUACAGAACAAAACUAAUGAUGAUAGCAUUAGUAGUAUCGUAAGGAUUUACUCCAUUUCAAAUGUUUAAUGUUAAAUGGGACUUGGUGCUUGCAAGAAAAUCCAAUAGAGGGUAAAAGAAAAAGACGUGCAGAAUUGAAUGGAAGGAAAAUUCACUAAAUAUUUGAAGCGACUCUAAAUUGUAUUUAAUUGUAAUCCUACAUUGUGUGCUAAAUACAUUUAUCGGAGUUUUAUUGACAACCAUAGGACACCCUAGAAAACUAAUCUUGAAUAGCCUAUUGGACAAUUUCAAGUUGAUGAAACGAUAUGUUUUGUGUCUUUAAAUCGAUAUUGUUUAUGUUACACAAAAAAAAAAAAAAAAAAAAAAUAGAUGCCACUUACCUCCCAGCGGAUGACAGAAGCAUUAUCAUCUAUAGUUAGAGGAACUAUAAAUAUCUAAGCACACCCUGAUAAGUGAAUACAAGUCACUGGAGUGAUAUGAGACCAUAAAAAGAUGCUUUUGGAAACACGUUGCAUCGAAGUUGAGCUUUGUGGGAACUCCCAAGUCACAUUCUUAACACUAGAUAUCUUGGAGUUAUGGUGGAGGCUGGGGGAUAAAAGGGGAAAAAAAAGAAGAAGACGAAGAAGAACUCAGGUGGACACAGUUGAAAAAGGAAGGCAGCCAAUGAGAAGGCCGCCUCCCCUUUAGGCCAAUGACAGGCGCCACAUUGUUGUCAAAUUGCUCGAAUGAAAACGUGGGCGCAACAAUAGUGAGAGGAGAGAGUGCUCUGUAGCCACUGACGAUCUCUGAAGGAAGUUAUAGUGUCUGACGCGCGCACGCCCGCCCGCACGCACGCACGCCCGCACGCACACGCUCGUCGCGGACGCGUCGCUCCUCUUUCUGGGGCGAUUUGAAACAUUAUCACUCGGUCGAUGAAGUAGAAGCGCUCCGCACAUUCGGUUCUCCGUUUUUGGUCCGCUUGGUCCCGAGCCUUCAGCCAGCAUGGAUCUCAGACCGGAGAUGCAGCCCGCCGCGGUCUCCUCCUCCGCGGCCUCCGCCUCUCAGAUGCACGCCGGAGCGGUGGCGGCGGUGGCCUCCAUCCCGGUGUCCAUGGCGGGCGGCCUUCUGCGCGGGCCGCCUCUCCUGCUGCGGGCCGCCGACAAGUACCCGCGCACGCCCAAGUGCGCCCGGUGCCGCAACCACGGCGUGGUGUCGGCGCUCAAGGGCCACAAGCGCUACUGCCGCUGGAAGGACUGCAUGUGCGCCAAGUGCACGCUCAUCGCCGAGCGGCAGCGCGUCAUGGCGGCGCAGGUGGCGCUCCGGAGGCAGCAGGCGCAGGAGGAGAACGAAGCCCGGGAGCUGCAGCUGCUCUACGGCACCGCCGAGGGGCUGGCCCUGGCGGCGGCCAACGGCAUCAUCCCGUCCCGGCCCGGCUUCGAGGUCUUCGCCUCGGUGCACGGCGCCGAGACCUGCAGCAAUUCCGAUUCGAGCGUCCAGAAGUUCGACUUGUUCCCAAAGGGCCAAGCGUCCGGGCCCUCCACCCCUGCGCAGGCCGGCGGCAAGCAGACGCCCGCUGAGAGCGACUCCGCCCCGGGCAUCUCGCCCCCGGACGGCCGGCACGGAGGAGGGUCCGGCUCCGAGAACGGAGACAGCGAGUUGUUCGGCCACUCGCCGGUGGCCAAGCCUUCGAAAGACGGCGGGGACACUCCCAGGUCCGUCAGCUCCCUCGGCUCGGACUCCGGUUCCGAGACCGACAAGGACGAGCUGCAGGAGCCGUCCCCAUCCCCGUCUCCGUCCCCUUCCCCGUCCUCCGCGGCCUCCAGGCACAUGCACGCCAUCGAUAUCCUCACCCGGGUGUUCCCCACGCACAAGCGCAGCGUGCUGGAGCUGGUCUUGCAGGGCUGCGGGAAGGACGUGGUGCAGGCCAUCGAGCAGAUCCUCAACAACCCAGCGCAGGGUGCCCACCACAAGACCGCCUCCGAGGAGACCUGGAGCGGCGAUCGGAUGCUGCAAACCUCGCAGCUGCCUCCUUCCACCUCCUCCACCUCCUCCUCCACUGCAGCCCCGACUCGACCCAUGCUGCCCGCCUCCAUGACGCUCGGCAACCGCUCGGCCUUCUCGCCCCUGCAGCCCAACGCGCCCCACUUCGGAGCCGAGCCGAGCGCCUACCCGCUGGGCACCCACCUGGGACUCAACCCGCUGCGGUUGGCAUACUCGGCGCACAGCCGGGGUCUGGCCUUCAUGGCGCCCUACUCCACCGCCGGCCUCGUGCCCACCUUGGGCUUCAGACCCCCGAUGGACUAUGCCUUCAGCGACCUCAUCCGGGACAGGACGAUGUUGCACAAGGAGCAGGGCUACGCCGGAGGCCUCUACGGGCCUCUGGUCAACAACACGCCGGACAAACAGUGACCGGAGGCGGCCUGAACACACGCACAUGGAAAGUCGUAUGAGCAUGUGUUUCCCCGUGCUUUGCAUUCAUUAUUAUUAUUAUUAUUAGUAUUAUUUUUCACCAAGUACCACCUAAAAACACUUUGCUCUCCAGGAAACACUAUCAUGACUGACAUUAAAAUACAGUAGCGUAAUAAGCCCGAGUGUUCAUGGAAACUGAGACAGAGGUUUUAUUGCCAAAACGUAUAUUUAAUAUGAUUGCAAGCCACUAAAAACAUUAUGCACAGUUUGAUCGUUAACAUUGUGCUUGAAGGCAGGAAAAAAAAAAACUGUACUUGAUGAUUCAAUUAAAAUGUAUUGCACAUUCAUCAAAUAGAAAUUAUCCCUACAAACAUUUUGAAAACAAACAGUUCUCUAACACCAAAUGCAAAUGUAAUUUACUUACAGCUGAAUUGUACUUAAACAGAUUUACUGUACAGGCUUAAAAAAAGUUACAUUCACUGUAACAUUAUGUAUAGUUUGAACAUGUAAUUCAGUGAUUCCACAUGUUGACAAUCACUGAUUUAUUCAAUAGCCUUGAUAUCUAGCUUAAAGUUCAGGUACUAGUACGCUUCUUGUUCUCACUAAAACUAAGAGAGAAUUCGCCGCACUAGUAGAAUGACUGUGUCCUACUAGUAACUUAUAGGACAACUUCAAUGUUAGUAAUGAGGCAAAACUGUGCACUAGUUGACAUCUGCGUGCGACUCAUGAAGCAAUAGAUGUUAACCAUAGUUUGUUAAUUUAUGUCAUUAGUAGUACUAGUCGCACACAAUUUUCAAAUAGUGCACGGUUUUGCUUCACUAGAAUUAUGUAGUUGUCCUACUAGUACACCUAAGUUGUACCACUAGUGAGGAGAAAGACAUGGACCUUCAACUGGAAAUCCAAAAAUAUAUUCGAUAUCCUUGAUAAGGAGGCUACUAGUGCGUAAAACAUGCCCAGUAGUUGGGCCUAGUAGCACGGUAGUCAAGGUUUCAUUGUGUACUAGUAGGCAAAAAGUGGCACUAUUGGUGAAAACAAAUAAAAAUAAACACUAGUAAGACACAGUCGUUCUACUAGUGUGCUGAAUUGUUUUCCGAGUGUGGACAAAGACCGUACUAGUACAUGCGUGUCAAGGGUACUGAAUAAAUGCUCAAACGACUUUCCAUUCUCACACACACACACGCACACGCACACGCGCGCACGCACACAUUCCAUUGUAUUUGUGGCCGCAAGUGUUUGAAUGUUGGCAAAAACGUGUCACGUGUUUUGGCCCUGGGCGAUUGUAAAUGCAUAAAUCUGGCUUGUAGUCAAAAGAUGGAGAAACUUUUUGACUUUAUAUUAGAUCGGGUGUUUGGGCAUGAAAAAGGCCUGUUAAAAAAGAGAGAGAAAGGACACAUAGAUUUUAUUUUUAUUCCCUAAUUUUCAUGAUAAUUCCACAGGAUAUGAAAUGUUAAAAAAAACAAAAACAACAACAACAACAACAGGAAAUCGUUUUUAAUCAUAUAUUAAAUCAGCAUUUUUUAACAGUGGUUGGUAAAUCAAUAAAGCAUUUUCCAAAUGAAACUGCUGUUUUCAGAGCAACAUUAAGUUAUUAUAACCCACGGAUAUUAACCCUUUUUAAGAUGCUCCUGUUGUAAAAGUUGAACUAAUUGAUGUCAUGUAAAAAAAAAAAAAAAAAAACAUACAACGCCAUCCAGUCUUAUGUAUAAUUAUUAUUCCACUUACGUUUUUGUAUCUCUUUCCUUUUCCAACGACCUAUAUCUUAUAUUUCAUUUAGUAUGAGACAUGCUAUGCUACACUUGACUUUUCAUUUAAUCUUUUGUGACAUUAAAGUGCUAAAUCAAGUCUCUUUCUCUUCAAACGUGCUGUCAUCUUGUAUGAAUAUGCUGGAAAUAAUAAAUGUUAUUUUAAAGAAGUGCAA